AUGACUUCAUAUAGCUGCUGCUUGAUUCUUUUGCUGUUUACCUGGAGCACUGCUGCCUAUGGGCCAAACCAACGGGCACAGAAGAAGGGAGACAUUAUUCUUGGAGGAUUGUUCCCCAUUCAUUUUGGAGUGGCUGCUAAAGACCAGGAUCUAAAAUCAAGGCCAGAAUCAGUGGAGUGUAUAAGGUAUAAUUUCCGAGGCUUCCGCUGGCUCCAGGCUAUGAUCUUUGCCAUAGAAGAAAUAAACAGUAGCCCAACUCUCCUUCCCAACAUGACCCUGGGAUAUAGGAUAUUUGACACUUGCAAUACAGUCUCGAAAGCCCUGGAGGCCACACUGAGUUUUGUGGCCCAGAACAAGAUAGACUCCUUGAACCUGGAUGAAUUCUGUAACUGCUCAGAACAUAUCCCUUCCACCAUUGCAGUCGUGGGAGCAACUGGCUCUGGCAUCUCCACUGCUGUGGCCAAUCUGCUGGGACUCUUUUACAUACCUCAGGUCAGCUAUGCCUCAUCCAGUCGUCUCCUGAGCAACAAGAACCAGUUCAAGUCCUUCCUGCGCACAAUCCCCAACGAUGAGCAUCAGGCCACGGCCAUGGCAGACAUCAUCGAGUACUUUCGCUGGAACUGGGUGGGAACAAUCGCAGCUGACGAUGACUAUGGCCGGCCAGGGAUUGAAAAAUUUCGGGAAGAGGCGGAGGAGAGAGAUAUCUGCAUUGAUUUUAGCGAGCUCAUCUCCCAGUACUCAGAUGAAGAGGAGAUCCAGCAGGUGGUAGAGGUCAUCCAGAACUCCACAGCAAGAGUGAUUGUUGUUUUUUCCAGUGGCCCAGAUCUGGAGCCUCUCAUAAAAGAGAUUGUCAGGAGAAACAUCACUGGCAAGAUCUGGCUGGCAAGCGAGGCCUGGGCCAGCUCUUCCCUCAUAGCCAUGCCGGAGUUCUUCCGUGUCAUCGGCAGCACCAUCGGGUUUGCGCUGAAGGCAGGACAGAUCCCAGGAUUUCGUGAGUUCCUGCAGAAGGUGCAUCCCAAGUCCACCAACAAUGGCUUUGCCAAGGAGUUUUGGGAGGAGACAUUUAACUGCUAUCUCCCUGAUGGAUCCAAAAAUUCUCCUGCUUCCACUUCCUUCCACAAGGGGCACGAAGAGGGGCUGGGAGCUGGAAAUGGAACGUCUGCCUUCCGACCUCCGUGCACAGGGGAUGAGAACAUCACCAGCGUGGAGACCCCAUACAUGGACUACACACACUUGCGGAUAUCCUAUAACGUGUACUUGGCAGUGUAUUCCAUCGCCCAUGCCUUGCAGGAUAUUUAUACCUGUACCCCUGGGAAGGGCCUCUUCACCAACGGGUCCUGUGCAGACAUAAAGAAGGUGGAGGCAUGGCAGGUUCUCAAGCAUCUGCGACACUUAAAUUUCACCAAUAACAUGGGGGAGCAAGUGGAUUUUGAUGAGUUUGGGGACCUGGUAGGAAAUUACUCAAUAAUCAAUUGGCAUCUCUCUCCGGAGGAUGGCUCAGUCGUCUUUGAAGAGGUUGGGCACUACAACGUCUAUGCCAAGAAAGGGGAGAGGCUUUUUAUCAAUGAAAACAAGAUCCUGUGGGGUGGAUUCUCUAAGGAGGUGCCUUUCUCCAACUGCAGCAGGGACUGCCUGCCGGGCACGAGGAAGGGCAUCAUUGAGGGGGAGCCCACCUGCUGCUUCGAGUGCGUGGACUGCCCCGACGGGGAGUACAGUGACGAGACAGAUGCAAGUGCCUGUGACAAGUGCCCUGAGGAUUACUGGUCCAACGAGAACCACACGUCCUGCAUCCCCAAGCAGAUAGAGUUUCUGGCCUGGACUGAGCCCUUUGGGAUUGCUCUGACUCUCUUUGCUGUGCUUGGAAUUUUCCUGACUUCUUUUGUUCUGGGAGUCUUCACCAAAUUUCGCAACACACCCAUAGUCAAGGCCACAAACCGGGAGCUAUCCUACCUCCUUCUCUUUUCCUUGCUAUGCUGUUUCUCCAGCUCAUUGUUCUUCAUUGGUGAGCCCCAGAACUGGACUUGCCGUCUGCGGCAGCCAGCUUUUGGCAUCAGCUUUGUUCUCUGCAUCUCCUGCAUCCUGGUGAAAACCAACCGUGUCCUUCUUGUCUUCGAAGCAAAGAUCCCCACGAGUCUCCACCGAAAGUGGUGGGGCCUCAACCUUCAGUUCCUCCUGGUCUUCUUGUGCACGUUUGUGCAGAUUGUCAUCUGUGUGAUUUGGCUCUACACGGCCCCGCCAUCCAGUUACCGAAACCAUGAACUGGAAGAUGAGAUCAUCUUCAUCACCUGCCACGAAGGCUCCCUGAUGGCCCUCGGCUUCCUCAUUGGCUACACCUGCCUACUGGCAGCCAUCUGUUUCUUCUUCGCCUUCAAGUCUCGAAAGCUGCCUGAGAAUUUUAACGAGGCCAAGUUCAUCACCUUCAGCAUGCUGAUAUUCUUCAUCGUGUGGAUCUCCUUCAUCCCUGCUUACGCCAGCACGUACGGCAAGUUCGUGUCGGCUGUGGAGGUGAUUGCAAUACUGGCUGCCAGCUUUGGGCUUCUGGCCUGCAUCUUCUUCAACAAAGUCUACAUCAUCCUCUUCAAGCCCUCCCGCAACACAAUCGAGGAGGUGCGCUGCAGCACAGCUGCCCACGCUUUCAAAGUGGCAGCCAGGGCCACCCUGAGACGGAGCAACGUGUCCCGCAAGCGUUCCAACAGCCUGGGCGGCUCCACCGGCUCCACCCCUUCCUCCUCCAUCAGCAGCAAGAGCAACCACGAGGACCCUUUUCCUCUGCCGGCCUGCGCCGAGCGGCAGCGCCAGCAGCAGCGCGGGUGCAAGCAGAAAGUCAGCUUUGGGAGCGGAACGGUGACGCUGUCGCUGAGCUUCGAGGAGCCGCAGAAGAACGCCAUGGCCAACAGGAACGCCAAGCGCCGGAACUCGCUGGAGGCCCAGAACAGCGACGACAGCCUGAUGCGGCACCGGGCCCUGCUUCCCCUGCAGAUCAAUGAGCCCCUCGGGGCUGAGCCCGGCUUCCAGGCAGCUUCCAGCCCGGAGACCAGCUCGCAGGAGUCGGUGGUGGGAGACAACAAAGAAGAGGGACCGAGCCCUGAGGCGGAGCCUUCCCUGCCGUCGGUUAACUCCCGAAAUUUUAUAGGCACUGGAGGUGGCUCUGUCACAGAGAACACGGUACAUUCCUAA